AUGCAUGUGAUGUGGGAAAGGCUCAAAUUCGAGGCUUCAAUUUUUCUUUGCUACAGAAGGAUUCAAUCUGGGUUCUGAUCCUCUGCAGAUCCGCCCACCGUUGCCCCCCAGCAGCCAUGGUCUCCACCUUCAGAUCCUCCUUCCUCCUCCUCCUCGUCUCUCUCUUCGCUCUACUGGCCUUCGCCUCCGAGUCCGAUCACAAGUAUCAGACAGAUGAGCAGGUGACUUUGUGGGUAAACAAAGUUGGUCCUUACAAUAAUCCACAAGAAACCUACAACUACUUCAGCCUUCCAUUUUGUCACCCUCCUGGCAAUGCAGGUCACAAGUGGGGUGGCCUUGGUGAAGUUCUGGGUGGAAAUGAGCUCAUUGAUAGCCAAAUUGAUAUGAAGUUUAAAAAAAAUGUGGGAAGGACUACUAUUUGUAUAAUUGAACUGGAUGCAACAAAAGUUAAGCAGUUCAGAGAUGCCAUUGGGAAGUCAUAUUGGUUUGAGUUCUUCAUUGAUGAUUUGCCUUUAUGGGGUUUUAUUGGUGAGGUGCAUUCUGAUAAAAAGAAUGAUAAGAUCCAGCAUCUACUUUAUACGAACAAAAAUAUUUUUGUUAGAUAUAAUGGAGAUCAGAUUAUUCAUGUUAAUCUCACCCAAGACAGUCCUAAACCAUUGGAAGAAGGGAAAGCCUUGGACAUGACAUAUUCUGUUCAAUGGAUUCCAACAGAUGUUGCAUUUUCACGGCGUUUUGAUAUUUACCUGGACCACCCUUUCUUUGAGCACCAGAUCCAUUGGUUCUCAAUCUUCAAUUCAUUCAUGAUGGUUAUUUUCCUCACUGGAUUGGUGUCUAUGAUAUUAAUGCGAACUCUUCGAAACGAUUAUGCCAAAUAUGCUCGGGAAGAUGAUGAUUUGGAGACUCUGGAAAGGGAUGUAAGUGAAGAGUCUGGCUGGAAACUUGUCCAUGGGGAUGUUUUUCGGUCUCCUCGCAAUAUGGUUUUAUUUUCAGCUGUUGUUGGCACUGGUGCUCAGCUGGCCAUGCUUGUUCUCCUUGUCAUCAUUUUGGCAAUUAUUGGGAUGUUGUAUAUAGGGAGAGGAGCAAUUGUCACAACUUUUAUAGUGUGUUAUGCUCUUACAUCAUUCAUUUCGGGUUAUGUGAGUGGUGGAAUGUACUCCCGCAAUGGUGGUAAAAGCUGGAUAAAGUCAAUGAUACUCACUGCAUCACUUUUCCCGUUUAUGUGCUUUGGGAUUGGUUUCAUCUUGAACACAAUUGCUAUAUUCUAUGGAUCUCUAGCUGCAAUUCCCUUUGGUACAAUGGUAGUUGUUUUUGUCAUUUGGGCUUUCAUCUCCUUCCCUCUGGCACUUCUUGGUACUGUAGUUGGAAGAAACUGGAGUGGUGCUCCAAACAAUCCCUGCCGCGUAAAGACCAUUCCUCGUCCAAUUCCAGAGAAGAAAUGGUAUCUCACACCAUCUGUAGUCUCUCUCAUGGGAGGACUGCUUCCUUUUGGGAGUAUUUUCAUUGAGAUGUAUUUUGUCUUCACAUCCUUCUGGAAUUAUAAGGUAUAUUAUGUAUAUGGCUUUAUGUUGCUUGUUUUCAUGAUUCUUAUGAUUGUUACAGUCUGUGUAACAAUUGUGGGGACAUAUUUCUUGUUGAAUGCUGAGAACUAUCACUGGCAAUGGACUUCAUUCUUCUCUGCUGCUUCCACUGCCUUCUAUGUGUAUUUCUACUCUAUAUAUUACUAUUAUAUGAAGACCAAGAUGUCAGGCUUCUUCCAAACCAGCUUUUAUUUUGGUUACACUCUCAUGUUAUGCCUUGGUUUGGGGAUACUGUGUGGAGCUGUUGGGUUUUUGGGCUCCAAUUUGUUCGUAAGGAGGAUCUACCGAAACAUCAAAUGUGACUAGUGAUUUGUCCAAAGGCCAUUUUGAUAGGAUAAUGCUUGCUGGGGUCUGAAUUUUGGUGACAAAAACUUAUUGAGAGGAAAGCAAGAGAUCAGAUAAUGGACUCCAGAAAGCGGCCUUUUAUGAUAUUUGAUACCACAACCACUGCACAUCACAGAUUUGAGAGAUGUGUAUUCUUUUUGUUCUUUUGUUGUUUUCUUUUUUCCCUUUUUUCUCAGAACAUGGUGCCUUUCGGAUUUGUAUUGGAUUCCAGAGAUCAUGUUCAUAAUCCACCAAGCAACUAGCCAUACGUUUUUUCUCUUCCAUUGUUUUGUACUACUCAUUAGGCAAUGACCUCUUUUGAACUCUCUCCCUCUCCCUCUCUCUCUCUCUCUCUCUCUCUCUCUCUCUCUCUCUCUCAUUUUAUAUAUGUAAUCAAAUGGGUGUUACCACGUCACCCUGUGUGUGGGUGCCUCUAUGUGUAAUGCAAGGCCAACUUAAAAAGGAUCCAUAUCCAUAUCUGGUAAUAAAUCAAAUAAUGACAUCAUUGACAUUU